AAUAUAUCAACUUACUGCAAGUUCUUCCGAGUACGUUCUAAGGAAAUUUACGUGGACAAAAACUAUGUCUGGAAACAAGGUAUACGAUAUUUCGCCCGAAGAUCGGGAAGUUAAAGAAUGGAGAGCUUCCAGACGUUUAGAAUUGAGAAACGAAUAUUUAAGAGAGUUGCAAGAUCCUUACCGAACUGAAGAAAUUCUAGACAAAGGAUGGUUACGAUUUUAUGCUACAAGAGUACAGCUUGAACAUAUUUUCAAACAAACUCCUUAUAAUACCUUGUUAAUGUUUGCUGUUGUGGGAGGUACAUUAUGGUUUACAGGAAGUAUUAUAAAAAAAUUCAGGGAUAGCAAGGAACUCCUGUAUCGCACAGGUCAAGUCUCAUACACAGAUAGAAUGUUUAAAUUCCAUUAAAAAGAAAAUAUCUUCUUACGCAAUAUAGUUCAAUAUAAAUAAACAAUAAUGAAGUAGAAAUUGAUAUGUAAUAUUACAUGUAUGAAAUAAAAAUAGAGGAAAAAAUA